UGCGCUAAAGAAGAACACCUCAAAACAGAGAAAAUCGAGAAAAAGCAAAAACAGAACAUUCUAGUCGGCGACAUUUUGAUAGCCAAACUGCGUACUUCUCCAAACAAAUAAAAUUCGCUAGUUUAAGGCGUGUGUUCGUAUUACUUAUCAAUAAAAUCAAUUUAAACAACACAAAGCAAUGGCGUGCCCAAUAGAUCCCUCGGAGCUGAAAAAGUUGCAAGUUUUUAUUGGCCUUUGUGAGACUCAACCGCAACUGUUAAAUCUACCUCAGUUGGGAUUUUUCAAAAGUUUUAUUGAGAAACUCGGUGGGAAGAUUCCGCAGGGGUCACCAGGUUUCGGCGAUGUACCACACCCAGAGCCGGCUUCUAAACAGCAGCACAACGAUGAGGAAAAAUCGGAAGCAAAGAAACCGGAUUCGGAUCCGGAAUCGGACGUAGAGUUGGAUACGGAAGGAUGUGUCGAACCGGAUGAUGAACCUGAUCAGCCAAUGGGCGACGAAUCGAAAGAACCCAGCGAGGAUGCUAUUGAUAAAGCAAACGAACUUCGUUCAAAGGCUGCAGCUGCAUAUUCCGAGCUAAAUUAUGAGGAGGCCGUAAAGAAUUUUACCGAAGCAAUUUUGUUGAAUCCAAGGAGUGCAUUGUAUCAUGCUAAACGUGGCCAGGCUUACCUUAAAUUGGUUAAGCCGAAUGCAUGCAUCCGCGAUUGUAACAGAGCGUUGGAAUUAAAUCCCGAUUCUGCGACAGCGUAUAAAUUCCGUGGACGUGCCAACAGGCUCUUGGGUAACUGGGAGGAUGCCGCCAAAGAUCUUCGCCAGGCAUGUAAGUUGGACUAUGAUGAGGAAGCUGACGAAUGGCUUAAAGAGGUUACACCAAAUGCCAAAAAAAUUGAACAACACAAGUUGAAACAGGAACGUCGUCGGCAGGAAAAAGAGCUUAAAGAGCGCCAGGAGCGUGUUCGUAAAGCACAGGAAGCAAACCGCAAAGCUGCUGAGGAAAGUGCUAAAGGCGAUGCCGAUUUUGGAGAUUUCGGUAGUGGUGGAGGCUCCGAAGAUAUCCUAAACGCAUUCAAAGAUCCCGAAGUGGCGGCUGCUCUACAGGACAUUAUGUCCAAUCCAGCCAAUAUUGCCAAGUAUCAGAAUAAUCCUAAGGUAAUGAAUCUUGUUACUAAAAUUGCGGGACAAGCAUCGUCGUCCGGUUUCCCGAUGUUCGGUGGUGGGGGCGCAGGAGCCGGUGGUUUCCCUGGUGGCUUUCCUGGAGCCGGAGCUGGUGGGUUCCCCGGCGCUGGGUCCGGUGGAUUUCCUGGUACGGGCGGGGGUUCAACUGGUGGUCAUAAGACAACAGAUGAUUUAGAUUAGACAUUUUGCUUUGCCGCUGCAUUUAAUUUUCAAGUUUGAUGGGUAAACCAUUCGUGCUUUAAAGAGCAAAACUUUGGUUUAAGAUUAGCUGUCGUUGGCUGCGCCGUGUUUGUAAUAAAUUUUAUAUCUCACAAUAACUGUUUACCAAAAUAUCCUUCGAGCGCGUCAAUAACAUUAUAUAUUUCGAACAAUAUCCUGUAUCCAAUAGAGAGUAGAACUAAUAAACGCCUCUGGUAAUUCA